AUGGCAAUGGCCUUGCAUAAUAAUACAACACUGCAAAGAAAUCUGACAAAGACAGAAUUUCUAGAGGUAUUCCCAGAUACAGUUGAAGUCUUCAUUCGUCUUGCUUACUGCAUUUGUACUCUGAUAGGUAUUGUCGGUAAUGGCCUAGUUUUUUCACUUAUAUCAACAAAAAAGGUGGAUCGUACUCCAUUUAAUUUGCUGUUAGCAAACCUGGCAGCAGCAGACUUUCUAGCAGACAUCAGCCUUUACCCAUACGUCUUCAUCGACAUACGUGGAGUGAAUGCUAGUCCCUUAACAGGUCAAAUUCUAUGCAAUUUUACAGUAGGACUGUCACCGUUUUUUGUAUGUACCUUUGUUUCGCUGUUCACGCUAACCACAAUAUCUAUAAACCGUUAUAUCUGUAUAAAUCAUCCAUUUCGCUUUGAGUGGCAGCAAAGCAAGAGAACUGUAAAGAUUACUUCUAUAUUUGCAUGGCUGCUGGGUAUCGUCUCGGUCUCACCGAACAUCUUUUCUUUCACUUACAAGAAGGAAUGGGGUGUUUGCCAAAGAGAAUGGCCAGAAGCAAUCAAUGGUAUGCUCUAUUCCCUGUUUACAUCGUUUUUGGCACUCGUAGUUCCCUUAGCUGUGCUUUUAUACACAUUUAUAGCAACAAUAAAGAGCCUUAAAACAAGAGUUUCAGAUGUUUCUAUUUGUCGGCAAACAGAUUACUCGCGUAAAAAGACAAUCCGUUUACUGGCAUGGUUAUUGGUGGUGUUUUGUAUAUGCUGGACACCAUUUUUCAUUUACUGGCUACUAUCGCGCUCAACAAACGUGUUCAAUGAUAACUACGAAGGCGAUUAUCAGCGUAUGCGUGUUAUACGUGUCACUAUCUUAGUUGCCAGUUUUAAUACGGCAGCUGAUCCACUCUUGUACGCAUUAUUCAGUGAGCAAUAUCGUAGUGCUUUGAAGAAAAUGUUCAAAAGAAGUGGUGAUAAUUCGCGUCAAAGUGAGACGUUAACUUCCACGUUUUCUGCAGUUCCAAGAAAGAUGCGCACUAUUACAGUCUCUGAGCGUUCCAGUUUUUCCAUGAAAGCCUUGGACGAGGAAUUCAGAGGACAAUUAACACCGAAAUCUUCUAUGGUCAUGGCACAUAUAAGAGCAUCAUCAUCUUUGUCUCAACGGCUUGAGGUCGAAGGAACAUUAGAGACUACCUGA